CCUCUUCCAGCCGGUUACUACCAGCCAGCCGGCCCUCUCAUCACCGUUCCGCACGGGCACGGGCAACCGCCCCCGCCGCCCCCCACCAAGACUGCCCCCGCGGCGGCAGCGUCGCCGGCUCCGGCGACACACGAGCCCCAGGGGCCGCCCCCACCCCCGCCCAGCUCGAAUGGGGGGGACUCGUCCGACAGCGAGGUGAUAAUAACAUCAGUAACAACCGCCAAAGAAGCAGCGGCAGCAGCAGCAGCAGCCGCGGCAGCAGCCUCAUCCAUCCCGCCCUCCAACGCCCACCACUCCCACUCCCCCGCCUAUCGCUACCACCAGUACCCCGCUGCCCCUCCCCCGGCCUACCCCUACACCUAUCUCCCGCCCCACUAUCCCACCCCGCCCACCUCCUAUCCCCACCACGACCUCUGCUACUCCCCCAACAACCCGUAUGUCAACGCGCACAAGUACCUGCCGUACGCGAGGCGGUACUACCCGCCCCCGGGCCAAGGGGACGGGUAUCCUGGCGCCCCGCCUCCUCGCGAGGCAUACCCUCUGGCACCGCCCCCUCGGGAGGCGUAUCCAGCCGGCCCGCCCCCUCGCGAGGCGUACCAUGGGGCUCCGCCCCCUCGUGAAGCGUACCCUGUGGCCCCGCCCCCUCGAGAGGCGUAUCCUCCGCAGCAGCAGAUGGUGGCGGCGGGGUCUGGGACGUACCCGCCCCCCGCGGGAGGUGGCCCGCCUCCGGGGGCAGUGAUAGAGGCGUAUCAGGGGACGGUGGAGGGAUAUCAGCCGCCGCCUGCGCAUUAUUACCCGCCCGCUUACGGCCCGACGUGCUAUUCGCAUUCGCCUUCGAGGGCCAUACCGUACAUAAAUGCCACAUAUCAGAGCUGUCCUUGUCCAAUGCAAUCGUGUCCAAAAAACGUACUUACUGGACCUCUUACUGGUGAGAGUAAGAGGUCUAGCAUAACCUCCAUCUCCAAAGACUCGAUACCGUUACCGCCCGUAGCCUUAGCCCUGCCCCUGGAGCCGGCCACCCCGGGGCCUCCUAGCCCCGCCAGGGGCUCCGCUGGCAUGCCGCCCCCUCCAUCUCCAGCUGGGGCCACCUACCAACCCCCUCCGAAGCAGGAAUCUCAGGUACCUCUAGGGCAGGAGGAGUGCAAGAAGAGGAAAGCCAGAGUCGGCAAGGCCAUGGUCAGGAGUCACAUAGCAGCUGCCAAUAUGCAACGGAACACCAUGCUUCUGAUGUGCAACCCCAACCAGAACUACGUGAAGAGGGAGAUAGAAAGCCCAAAGGAGAAAGAUGUCAUGGAAGAGAAGAAGGAGGCGUGCUCUUCGGACGAAGAAACCAAGCCGUCGCCCCCGGAAGAGGAGAUCAAGAAGGAGGAUCCUCUACCUGUUGCGCCACCUGUGGAACUGGAAGACCAACAGGUGGUGACGGAGAAGGAAACAGAGAAGGAGGAAGAAGUAGAGCCGGAACAAGUUUUGCCGCCUGUCGUGAGCACCGUAGCGGAGAACGUGAAAGUGAAGAACAUGAAACGCAGCCUCUCCAUGUCGAAAGACAAAGUACCUGAUCCUGAAGUCACCCCUUCUCCCAAGAAGAAACAGAAGCUCGGUAGCUACAAGUGUCUGAUAAAGAGGGAGAUGAGCGGCAUCAAGAUUCACAACGGCAAACAAAAGUUGAUCGGCGACCAUGCGCUGAGAAGGAGAACCAAGGUGCGGAAGGGCAACAAACGGAGAAAAUCGAGCGCCAGCAAGGGGGAAACCUUCAAGCGGCUGCGACUCUCGAAGCCAUUAGGCCUGAGCAACUUCGCCUUCAAGUUGAAACAAAAUGAAGACGCCAGCGAAGUAGCGAAGAAGAAGACCAAGAAGUCCAAAGUCAAUUGCAAGUCGGCUCCCCUGGUGCUGGACAAUCUGUUCGCGAGAAACAACGUGGAAAGGAUAAUAGAGAGUGUGGUGAGUGAGGGCAGUGUGAGGACACAGGAGGACAAUAAUAACGAAAUUCCCUCGGAAAUCGCGAAAGUGUCUGCUGACAAGUGCGGGAAAUCAGGGAAAGAGACAGUUGUGGUGAAUAAAAAAGGUGCGAAUAAAGGAGUGGGGGUUGGCAAAGUGAAGAAGACUAGGAGGAGGUCCAAAUGCAAAGAGGUGGUGGUGCUGCAGGCGGUUACCAAAGUGCCCAGGCGGUCGUUGGUGCUGCCCAGGUGGUCGAAUGGGUGGAUGUGGGACGGAGAACCAUAUGAAGGAAAAGUGUUCAUAAAUAGCGACGAGACGACAGUACUAAGGAAGUGCUUUCCAGCAAUGCGACAUGAAGAGGGAGACAAAAUUCUACCGAGAGACUGUGUUCUUCUGAAGGCUGGACCAAGGAAGAAUGACUUACCGUUUGUCGCGAAAAUCGCCUCUCUCUGGGAAAAUCCAGAUGACGGUGAAAUGAUGAUGUCUCUGCUAUGGUACUACCGACCCGAACACACUGAGCAAGGUAGAUUGCUCAGUGAUCAGCCAGAUGAAGUGUUUGCUUCCAGACACAAAGAUUCGAAUAGUGUGGCGUGCAUAGAUGACAAAUGUUAUGUGCUGACAUUCAAUGAAUACUGCAGGUAUCGCAAGGAGUAUAGGAGGAUUGAGGCGGGGAUUGAGGAACCACCUCCGUGCAUUCCGAAUCCGGAGCCAUAUCCAAGAUCUCAUCGGCAACCGCCCAAAACGCAAAUUUCUCCGGAGAUGGUGUUUUUCUGCCGCAGAGUGUACGAUUUCAGGCAGAAGAGGAUAAUGAAGAAUCCGACGUAAAUCACUUUUUGUUUUAAUAUAUUUUGUUAUUGGGGUAAUGUUGCACUUAUCAUUUGAUGGUUUCUUUUCAACAUUUCUUUUGUCCACACGUAUUUUCGUCUGAACAACUCGAUUUUCAUUAUGGAAAUGUCAUUUUUUUAUGUAUGACGAAUUGAUAUUCAUCAUACAGGGAACUCUGAAUUGAGAAAUCCUGAUCACAAUUCUGCGAUAAAAUGUCUGUAAAAAUAACAAGUUUCCAUCGUUGAAGUUUGACCCCUUGAUUGGGUGAAAAUAUUGAAAAGGAAUAUUCUCGGAUAAAAUUAUGAACAUGAGAAUAAUGGAUAUACAGGGUUAUGAUAAAGUAAUGCACAAAAUUCAUAAAACGUACAACGAUCACUUUUGAAAAAAAUGCAAAAACACUUCAAACUGUUCUUUUCAUUCCGCAUCUUUUGACAUAAGUUACAAAAAUAACACGUCAAAGUUGUCAAAGUUAUGACGUCAUCAACAAAUUUUUUAAUGGGAAGCUAAGUUUUUCAUUACAUUAUGUGAGCCCUACUGCAACUAUUUUCCCUUGUGUAAAAACACAAGCUCUAUCACAUAAUGUAAUAAAAAUCUUAGCUUCCUUUAAAAAAAAAUUGUUGAUGACGUCAUAACUUUGACAACUUUGACGUGUUAUUUUUGUAACUUAUGUCAAAAGAUGUGGAAUAAAAAAACCGUUUGACGUGUUUUUGCAUUUUUUUCAAAAGUGAUCGUUGCACGUUUUAUGAAUUUUGUGCAUUACUUUAUCAUAACCCUGUAUAUAAAGAAAUAUAUCGGGAAGUCGCAUUUCUUAUGUGAUGAAAAUAUCAAUUCUUUCUUGGUUUAUUCAACAGAAAACAACUAUUUUCCUUGAAAUUCGAUUAAAUCUAUUGAACCCACACGAUAAGAAUUUGAAAACAAAAUGUAAAAAUAUGUAUGUGCUCAUAAUAUCAUUCUGAAUAGUCAACAGAAAACAACUACUUUCCUGGCUAUUUGCCACGUAGAUAAUUGAAUUAUAUCUGUUGAACAUCCAAAAGGAGAACAUGAAAAAUGAAAAUCCUCUGAAAUUGAGAAUUGACAUUUUUUCCCAAAUCGGAUGAAAUAAUGUGAUGUAUUAUGAUAUAAUUUACCAUAUUGAUAAGUUAUAGUUUACCAUAUUUGUUAGUUAUAUUUUUAUAUCAUAAUACAUCAUAUUAUCUUAUCCGAUUUGAGAAAGGAUGUCCAUUCUCAAUUUCAGAGAAUUUUUAUUUUUCAUGCUCUCCUUUUGGAUGUUCAACAGAUAUAAUUCAAUUAUCAACGUGGC